GUAAUCUGAGGAAACUGGCCGGAAGUAGCCGGAAGAAACCCAGCCGCCAUAACUGGAGUGUUGCGCGUAUUUUCAUCAGUUCGUGUGUGUCUUGUCCGCGGAAUUAGCCCUUUUACAUUAUACUUUCUACUUUUUUCACGAUGUCGAGUGGGAAUACAUGUUCUGUAAUCAACUGCACCAACAGUGGUGUUAAAAUCCAGAUUUGGAAGAAAAAAGAAUGCGAAAUACACAAGCCUUUGCAACACCAAGAGUGUCCCUGCCUGUUGCCUUACAGUCUGCACCGAUUUCCUGGGCGCUCAGAGGAUCGAGAAGUUCGCCAAACGUGGGUGAAAAACAUCAACAGAAAGGACUUUGUUCCAAACGAUAACAGUAGGGUAUGUGGAAUACACUUCCUUGAUGGCAGACCAACCAAAGCGCACCCCUACCCAGUAUUGCACAUGGGAUAUGAACAUAACGGGAUUGUAUCCUCUGCCCGUGCCCCACCCAAAAGGAGAUGCCUUCAGCCUCUCACAGUCAACACCUCAAAGGUCAACUGCUGUGCUACUGAACCUGCAGAUAUAGAAGUGGAUCUCAAUAAUCAGGAGAAUAUGCCUCCACAGAAGUGUGACGUUGGCGUCCAGUGGCCAGACCACACAGACCACGACUACUCUUCAAAGAAAUCUACAAAAGACAGUGCAACACAAACUGAUCCUGCACCAUCAGUCUCAGCUUAUGACCUGGAUGACAAAGACUGCAGGUUUUUCACAGGCAUAGGUAUUGCUAGUUUUUGGCAGCUUUUGUGUGCCGUCACAGCUUUUCAGCCACAGAUUAAGUCCUUCAAGUUGGCAGUGCAUGAACAAUUGUUACUUGUUUUAAUGAGGCUUCGUCUUAGUUUGAUGUUCACAGACUUAGGAAAAAGGUUUGGAAUAAGUAGGAGCACAGCCUGUUUGUGGAGUUCUCCAUCCCACCUUCAGGAUGAGCUUCGAUCUGCAAUGGGUCCCAGUGAUGUGGAAAACGUUAUGUCUCAUGCCUGUGGCAAAGACAAGGAUUUCAAGCAUUACAGACCUGUGGCCCUGACAUCGCACAUCAUGUGGACCCCUCAGAGGCUUGUCCUGGAUGAGCUCUGGCCCAUGGUCCAGUCACAUAUGGAUCCACUCCAGUUGGCACACCAGCCCCAGCUCGGAGUUGAGGACUCCAUCCUUUACCUGCUGAACCAUCUACGCUCACCUGGACAAGCCAGCUAG